AUGGGUCUCUUCUCACAUCACCACCAUCACAACAAUCCCCCUCCUCCCGGGCCUCAAGGCCCUCCUCCUCCAGGCCCUGGGCCCUGGGACCGUCCUGGUGGCCCGCCACCUGGCCCUCCCGGUCCUCCCCCUCAUGAUCCCAGAGAUCCCUGGGCUCGUCCUCCGCCUCCUGGACCUCCUGGCCCUCAUGGUCCUCCUCCCGAUCAGAGAGACCCCUGGGGUCGCCCCGGUGGUCCUCCCGGUGGUCCUCCCGGACCUCCUCCUCCGGGACCAAGAGACCCCUGGGACCGUCCUGGUGGCCCUCCUGGCGGCCCUCCUGGACCUCCUCCGCCAGGCCCUAGAGACCCUUGGGACCGCCCCGGUGGCCCCCCGGGACCUCCCCCUCCUCCGGGACCUAGAGAUCCCUGGGAUCGCCCUGGUGGUCCUCAUGGUCCCCCUCCUCCUGGGCCCCCGGGGCCUUGGGACCGCCCUGGCCCUCCCGGUCCUCCACCUCCGGGACCUCCUGAGUACCGCCGGUGGUAA